CCGGUGGGAUUCGGUAUCACUCUCUCCUCCACGGAAGCAACAAACCACCUUGUCCAGCUGCGCUUCCGUUUUCUCUAUCGCCGCCACCCAAUCCGAAACCUCCAUUCUCCCUCUCGAUGUGAUCGAUACCGAUGGACUCUCUCCAAGCUCUGCCUCCGCUCUCCAGCCUUUCCUUGUCGGCAGUCUCUUUCCUCAACGCGAAGCUCAGAACCGGCGAAGACCUCGCUCGAGCACCGAGUCUCGUGUCCGAGUUGCAGACUCAGUGUAAGGAUUUGGACGCCUCUCUAGUCGACCUUAAUCGGAGUCUUGAAUCAAGACUUGCAGCUUAUGCUUCCUUCUCCGAUCGCAUCGAUGGCCUAUUCGGUGAUGUUAUAACCAAAUUAACCGAUCUCAGAUCCUCCGAUCUCAAAUCUUCCGUUUCUCCCCAGGACUCCAUUGCAGAUGGAAGUGGAGGAGGACUGGGGGAGGACCUGCCGGUGCUGGCUAAGGAAGUUGCAAGGGUGGAGACAGUUCGAGCAUAUGCUGAGAUGGCAUUAAAGCUUGACAAUUUGGUUGGGGAUAUUGAGGAUGCCGUAUCUUCUGCUAUGAACAAAAACUUAAGGAAGCGUUCCUCUGCACAGGAUUCAGAAGAAAUGCGCCUGGUUGCUAUUAAAACACUUAAGCUUGUGGAAGACAUUUUGACUUCAGUAACAAAGACACGCCCUCAAUGGGCACGUCUAAUCUCAGCAGUUGAUCAUAGGGUAGAUAGAGCUCUUGCAAUACUAAGGCCCCAGGCAAUUGCUGAUCAUCGAGCACUUCUUACCUCCCUUGGGUGGCCACCACCACUUUCCAAUUUGACUUCCUCAAUUCCUGAUGCUAGGAAAUUAAGUGAAGUCUCAAAUCCUCUUUUCACAAUGGAAGGAGACCUCAAACACCAGUAUUGUGAAAGCUUUCUUGCUUUGUGCAACCUGCAGGAGUUACAGAUACAAAGAAAAUAUCGGCAGCUUGAGGGCCACAAUCGGGAGGUCGCUCUCCACCAGCCACUUUGGGCAAUUGAAGAGCUUGUCAACCCCAUAUCAGUUGCAUCCCAACGGCAUUUUUCUAAGUGGAUUGACAAACCAGAAUUCAUUUUUGCUCUAGUAUAUAAAAUUACUUGCGAUUAUGUUGACUCUAUGGAUGAAUUACUGCAACCACUGGUUGAUAAAGCAAUGCUAACGGGUUACAGUUGUAGAGAGGAAUGGAUUUCAGCAAUGGUAGCCUCCUUAUCAACUUACUUGGCAAAAGAGAUAAGCCCUACAUAUGUUGGUCAGUUUGAUGAAGAGAAUGCCUCUGGUAUUACAUCACAGGCCAGGACAUCUUGGCUCCAUCUUGUUGAUUUGAUGGUCUCAUUUGAUAAGAGGAUAAGGUCCCUUGUAGAACAGUCUGGAAUUUUGCAAUCACUUCAGGAAGAUGGGACCUUGCAGAAGAUUUCAUCUUUGUCAAUGUUUUCUGAUCGACCUGACUGGCUUGAUUUAUGGGCAGGAAUAGAGCUUGCAGACAUGCUAGAGAAGUUACAAAUCAGGAUGGAUGAUGAGAGAAAUUGGACUAAGAAAGUUCAGGGACCAGCUCUCUCUGCUUCUGAUGAUUUUAAGUCUCCUGCAAUUUCUAGUGGCAUUCUUCAAAGUUUACAAUCUUUGAUUGAACGAUGUCGAUCGUUGCCUACAAUUUCUUUAAGGGCAAGGUUUAUCAGAUUAGCUGGUGCACCUCUCAUACAAAAAUUUUUGGAUGUCUUGUAUCUCAGAUGCCAAGAAGCUGAAGGAUUAACUGCCUUAACAGAUGACAAUGCCCUGGUUAAAGUUUCUCACUCCAUCAAUGCAGCUCACUAUGUUGAAUCUGUUUUGAAGCAAUGGUGUGAGGAUGUAUUUUUUCUAGAAAUGGGGUUGAUUCAGGAUGAUCAAGUGGACCUACCUAUUGCUGAAAUUAGCAGUAGUAAGGUGCUGGUCGAAGGUUCUGGUUGUAUUUUUCAUGGGGAAAUUGCAAGAUUGGAAGAAUUUAGAAAAGAAUGGGUUGAGAAGAUAUUUGUUGUAGUUUUGAGGGGAUUUGAUGCCCAAUCUCGUGACUAUAUGAAAAACCGGAGGCAAUGGCAAGAAAAGAGUGAAGAAGGUGGGUCACUAUCCAAGAUGUUAGUUGGAGCUCUUGAUUAUUUGCAGCGAAAAAUGUCAGUCAUUCAAGAAAAUUUAAAUGGGAUAGACUUCAUUGGGGUCUGGAGAAGUCUGGCAGCCGGGGUGGACAAAUUGAUAUUUAAUGGUAUUUUUGUAAGCAGUGUGAGGUUUAAUGAUGAUGGAGUCGAGAGAUUAGGUUAUGAUUUGGAGGUCCUAUUUGGAGUUUUCGGGGCUUGGUGUUUGAGGCCUGAAGGCUUCUUCCCCAAAUCAAAUGAAGGCUUGAAGUUGUUGAAGAUGGGAGAAAAGCAACUUCAAGAUCACUUGAUAGGAGGGGAGACAUGGUUGAAGGAAAACGGGAUCAGGUAUUUGAGUUUAGCUGAGGUGGACAAAAUCGCGAGGAAUAGAGUAUUCAAGAAUUGAAAGCUUUUAAACUUUGUAGUACCUGCAGACACUGCACUUGGACAUAGAACACAGAUCAGAAAAAAACAUGGAGGUUAGGUCAGUUUUUAUGUUGUAUAUUGACUCUUUGACUUCUGAAUUAGCCAUUUAUUUAUGAAGAUUACAGGAUAAUAAAGCAUCAAAUUGUUUGUGAUUAUCGUUAUCGUGUUUAUUAUUAUUGAAUCAUUGGUGCAGGCUGAAAUUAUCAAUUGUUUAUCAUUCUUUUUGUCUCCACAAAUGAAAUUUGGAAUGUAUC